CUCCUCCGCCCGGCCGCCAUUGGCCGGCGCCGGCCUCCGCCCAGCGCGGCCCGGGGGUUAUCUCGCCCCUCUCCGCUCCGCGCCGCUCCGCAAUCACAGCGGCCGCGCAGGGACGGCUCCGCGGGCAGCGCGGGAUUUUCUUUCUCCUGUUUGUGGCUUAAUUAAGGAAGAGAGAUGAUAUUGAAAGCAGUUGUGCUGCUGGGCUGUGCUCUGAGCAUCAGCACAUUCCCCAUGGAAGAGCCUGAAGAUGGAGGCAAGCACUGGGUGGUGCUUGUUGCGGGUUCGAACGGCUGGUACAACUACCGACACCAGGCAGACGUGUGCCAUGCGUACCAGAUCGUACACCGAAAUGGAAUUCCAGAUGAACAGAUCAUUGUCAUGAUGUAUGAUGACAUUGCUGAUAAUGAUGAAAAUCCAACAAAAGGCAUUGUCAUCAAUAGACCUAAUGGCACAGAUGUGUAUGCUGGAGUGCCCAAGGACUAUACAAAGGAGGAUGUUACUUCAAAGAAUUUCCUUGCUGUUCUCCGAGGAGAUGUGGAAGCAGUGAAGGGUGUGGGAUCAGGAAAAGUACUGAAAAGUGGUCCCAAGGAUCAUGUGUUUGUUUAUUUCACUGACCAUGGAGCUCCAGGACUUCUGGCUUUUCCUGAUGAUGAUCUUCAUGUAAAGGACUUGAAUAAGACUAUUUGGCAUAUGUAUCAUCACAAAAAAUACCGGAAGAUGGUGUUUUACAUUGAAGCAUGUGAGUCUGGAUCUAUGAUGCAUCAUUUGGCUGAUAAUAUCAAUGUUUAUGCAACAACAGCUUCCAAUGCCAGAGAGUCAUCUUACGCAUGUUACUACGAUGACGAAAGGCAGACUUAUCUUGGGGACUGGUACAGUGUCAAUUGGAUGGAAGAUUCAGAUAUGGAGGAUCUAAGGAAAGAAACACUCCAUAAGCAGUUUCAGCUAGUGAAAAAACGCACCAACACCAGCCACGUGAUGCAGUAUGGAAACAAGAGCAUCUCCUCCAUGAAAUUGAUGCAGUUUCAGGGCAUGGGGAAGAAAGCCAUCCCCAUUUCUCUGCCACCUGUAGGACACUAUGACCUGACCCCUACUACUGAUAUGCCUUUUGCAAUCAUGAAACGAAAGCUGAUGGCUGCCAGUGACGCUGAUGAGGCUAAGAAGAUUGCUGCAGAGAUGAAAGCACACCUGGAGGUGAAAGAAUUUAUCCAAGAAUCCAUGCGGAAGAUAGUCACCUUAGUAACAGGAUCAAUAGAACAGACCAACCAAAUUCUGUCAGACAGGCUGAUCAUCAGCAAUUAUGACUGCCACCAGGCAGUGGUGAACAACCUCAAAGCUCGUUGUUUUAACUGGCACCUGCCCAUGUAUGAGUAUGCACUGAGACAGCUGUAUAUCUUGGUCAACCUUUGUGAAGGAGGAUACUCCAUUGACAGAAUAUGCCUGGCCAUGGAUCAAGUGUGCCUUGGGCAUUGACGGAAACAACAGUUCCUCAUAUAACCCUUUCUACAAAUCAUAACUUUUCAUAACUGUAAUAAUCUAGACUUUACAUGCAUGCAACACGAAGAGAGCCAACCGCUGCACAGGAACUGUACCGGGAGCUGAGGCGAUUGACGGUGCUCUCCCUUGCACCCCCACCUGCUGACAGUCUGCUGGUUUGACAGAGGCAUCCUGACAGACCACCUGCAGCUUUCAAGAUAGGUGAUUUGUUUCAAAGCGCAAUGCUCUUAAGAAUCUCUGGAUGAUUUGCUUCGAAGCGCAAUGCUCUUAAGAAUCUCUGGAUGAACACUACAAGCCGCCUAUGAGUGAUUGCUACAUCUGUGUAAAAUUUAAACAUUGAGUCAUUAAUUCUGGAAGAUGUUCUUAUACUAGAGCUAACUAUUAGCUUUUUAAAAGAGUUAAUGAAUUGUAUUACAGUGACUAAUUUGCAGAUGGGUUAAAGAGUGAAGAAACCAAAGCCUGUUCUUUAAGCUUUAACUCCUUAACAGUUUAAAGAAAUUAGUUGCAUUCAAGAACUAUCGGAUGUGAACAGCACAGUUAAACUGUGAACAGUAAAAGCCUUUGUGGGUAGAAAGCGCUGUUGCCCAAAGAAAAAAGACAAAUACCUAAUGCUGUAAAUUUAGCACCAGUAUGCUAUAAUUAAAUGUAUGUACACACAAACCUGUGGGAAUAAAAAUAAAGUUGACUGUUUCAUCAACCUA